UGCCAAUCCAGUCAGCCCUCUUAGUGACCAUCCAAUCGCAGUUGGAGAAGAGAGCUGUACGCUUAUCAGUUCUGUAGGUUGCAUCCUGUGCUUUCGUCUUGUGCUUCGGCCGCGCUAGUGGAGGGAGCUCGGGAGCGAGAUAGCUGCCACCACCUUAUCGGUUCAUUUAAUGAAGAUGGAGACAGAGCAGGAAGAGGUUGAAUUCACUAACACAGAGACCAACGGAAAACGUCCAGCAGAAGACAUGGAGGAGGAACAGGCUUUCAAGAGAUCCAGAAACACAGAUAUGAUGGUUGAAUUGCGCAUUCUGCUCCAGAGCAAAAAUGCCGGUGCAGUUAUCGGGAAAGGGGGAAAAAAUAUAAAAGCACUUCGGACAGACUACAAUGCCAGUGUUUCAGUCCCAGACAGCAGUGGCCCCGAGCGUAUAUUAAGUAUCAGUGCAGACAUUGAAACGAUUGGAGAAAUCCUGAAGAAAAUCAUUCCAACAUUAGAAGAGUACCAGCACUAUAAGGGAAAUGACUUUGACUGCGAGCUGAGGCUGCUAAUCCACCAGUCUCUUGCAGGAGGCAUCAUUGGUGUCAAAGGCGCAAAGAUCAAGGAACUUCGAGAGAACACACAAACUACAAUUAAACUCUUCCAGGAGUGUUGCCCCCAUUCUACAGAUCGUGUUGUGCUCAUUGGAGGAAAACCAGAUAGAGUGGUGGAGUGCAUCAAAGUAAUCCUUGACCUCAUAUCUGAGUCUCCAAUCAAAGGAAGAGCACAGCCGUAUGACCCCAACUUCUAUGAUGAAACAUACGAUUAUGGUGGUUUUACAAUGAUGUUUGAUGACCGACGAGGACGUCCUAUGGGGUUCCCUAUGCAUGCUAGAGGUGGUUUUGAUCGAAUGCCUCCAGGACCAGGUGGUAGACCAAUGCCACAGUCGAGAAGAGAUUAUGAUGAUAUGAGCCCAAGGCGGGGGCCCCUCCCACCUCCUCCGGGUCGUGGAGGCAGAGGUGGCAGUAGAGCUCGCAAUCUUCCACUUCCACCACCCCCACCACCAAGAGGAGGUGACAGGAGAGGGAGACCUGACCAUUAUGAUGGAAUGGGUGGCUCUGGCUAUGGUCGGGGAUCCUACGGGGAUAUAGGUGGCCCUGUCAUAACCACUCAAGUAACUAUUCCAAAAGAUCUGGCAGGCUCUAUCAUUGGAAAGGGAGGUCAAAGGAUCAAACAAAUUCGCCACGAAUCUGGUGCAUCUAUCAAAAUUGAUGAACCAUUGGAAGGAUCAGAUGACAGAAUCAUCACAAUUAUAGGCACCCAAGACCAGAUACAGAAUGCACAAUAUCUGCUUCAGAACAGUGUGAAGCAGUAUUCUGAAGAUUAUUCUUAUGGGUUUUGACUUCUAAACAUUGAGAGGCACAUGCUCAAGGGUUCUAAUGCAUAAGUGGAUUCCAAAAUAUUUUGUUUAGAACAGCUCCAAUGAAAAAAAAACCUGGAAUGCUUUCUUCCCCUUCCCCUCUUUCGUUGCUUUUGGAUUACAAACCAAGAUCUGGAUCACCGGAUGCGUUAGUAGUAACCAGCAGCGCUAAGAAUCCACAAACAGCGGAGAAUGCUCCACCUCAAAGAGAAUUGUACAGAAUUAGAGCUGAAUGAAUAUAUCUGCUUUAUGUUAAAGAUUUAUUGUGUUUUUUUUUGUUUUGUUUUUUUGUCUUUUGUUUUCAAUUCAGUUAUUACAUGGAGAAUAAAACUCCACUGAAGCAUUUCUGUGCAAAUCUUACUGGGAUAACUGUUAAUAUUUGAGCAGCUGAUAAGUUUUUUUUUCUUUUUUUUUUUUCCCCCUUUAAUGUACUAAUUCCAAGACCUGUUUUCUUUACCUGCUUUGUCUGUUUAGAAUUGGGGGAUUGUGUUCGCUGUAACAAUGUGCAGACUGUACACAUUGCUGUUUUUAAUCACUUUUACAUUGGUAUGUUGUAACUGAAAUUAGUCACCUGUGUAGUGUAGAUAUGACCAGCUGUGCGCUCAGUUUUUAUUACUAUAAUUAAAGUUUAAAGGAUUUUUUUUAUUCCUUAGAUGUAGCCAAUUGAGCAGUGAGUACUUUGUGACGGAACAAAACGGCAUUUAAAGUAGCCAUUGUCUUUUGCUUUUUGUUAGAGUUGGAAAUGUCAUGUAGGCUAGGGGAAUUUACAUAUUUUUGUUCUCUAAAACUUGGGUGCUUGAUAGUUUACUCUACUCUAACCUGCUAAGUUCCCAUUUAUUUGGUAUGCAAAUAAAAGUUUUUGCAUCUGUA